AAUAGUUCUUAUGCGGAAGUUAGCAAGACGGAAUUAAUUCGCGACGGACAACAACAAUCAUAUCGCAACUGAACGAAUCAACUUACAUAUUUAGCAAGUUAAACACACGGGAGCAACACACACAAUAUCAUACAAUUCUGUGAAGGAUUAGUCUAGACGGAUAGAUGUCUGAUGUACCAGGUAUACCUUUUUCGUCUUGGGCUGGCCUUUGCUUGAAAAUUAAGUGUAGCCAACCAGCUAGCUAACUACAGCUAGCUAACUAAAGCGUUCAGCAUUGUGGUUAGCUACUUGUAAAUAGUAACUUGACAUGGAUUUGUUUCGUAUUUUCCAGAAGCGUCUAACAGAGAAGAGGUCGAGGACAACACCCCCGAACCAGAGGUAAGAAAUAAUACAGCUGUGGUUAGGAGUUGUCAGUGUGUGCAUGCCUUGCCCAAUGAAUGGAGUCCUGGCUGGCUAAGGUUAGCCAAGAACUAGCUAGUAGCUAGUUGUCACGACUAGUUUGUCAGGCACACGGUUAGUAGAGAACCUAUCAUAACUUUUCACCAAUCAUAGUAUAUUCUGCAUCCAUUGACAUGUUGACACACUGACACUGUAUUGGCAUGCAAUACAAUGUACAGCUUCUUAUGAUGUGCAUAAAACCAAGCAAGGAUUAUAUUGUCAUGUUCUUGAUCAAACUAAUGUUUCCAUGUUUACACUGAAUUUGCUCUUGAUUUCUGCUAGGAGCAGUCAGACGAUAGCAGUGACGACGGCGAGGCAUCAGGGGACACAGAGAGUAGGUGUCAAAAACCUCAAGGUUUUGCUGUUAACACCAAAGUCUCAUAUUUUCAUCAGAAUAAUUAUUAGUUUCUUUCGUACAGUGGAUUUCCUGCGCAAUCUUUUCUCUAAAACCUUGGGCAUAUCUGGAGAGAAGGUUUUGGAUGAGCUGACUCUUGAGGGGGUGGCCAGUUACAUGCAGAGUGGCAAAUGUGAGUAUUUUAUUCAUCUAACCCAGUGUGCACACAUUUCAUGUAGGGGUUGAUGACUAUGUAGCCCAGCAAACAGUGCAUCUGUCAACAUCUAGGCCUAGUAUAAAUGAGUCAUUAGUCAACACAAGAAAAUAGACUGUAUUAUGAAUAACAUCUGAGGCCAUAUCAUUCGCCAAUAUUUAAGUAUGUUACUACAACCACCUGACUGUGAUACUGCUUCAUUGGUUAACAAAUGGUACAAUCCAGGAAGUGAAAUGAAUUCUCUCUGCUCCUCUAUCCUCCACAGGCAAAAACAUCAUCUGUAUGGUGGGGGCAGGGAUCUCUACAUGUGAGUAACUCCCCCUCUUGCAUAACUGUGGGCUGAACAUAACAUAAUUAGUCUAGACAUGUUUUGUUUUGUUGGACAAAUAAGACACAUAGCCUAAAUACAAAUAGAUUUCCCUCUAAAUUGUAUGUACAAUGUAUCCACCACUUCUGUGAUGAUGACACUGUCCCUCUUUCCCCCUCAGCGGCUGGGAUCCCUGACUUCCGCUCCCCAGACACGGGGCUCUAUGCCAACCUGCAGAAGUACAACCUGCCCUACCCUGAGGCCAUCUUCCAGAUAGACUACUUUAAGGUCUGAAACUUUCUGUCGGAUUCUUUUGGCUUAAGAAAGUAAUUUGCUUGCUACAUUAACGAUCUACACAGAUGAUUUUGUUCUUUGCUGCUAUCACCACUCAAUAUUUACCUCUCUUUCUACAUCAGAAACACCCUGAGCCCUUCUUUGCCCUGGCCAGGGAGCUGUACCCAGGACAGUUUAAGGUAGGAUCUAGCCUAUUUUCUGGCUUUUAAUUUUCUUAACUUAAUUUCCUGAAUUUUGCAAUAGGUGCCUGUGUAUUUUUUAGGUAUCACUAACGGCAGUGUUGUUGUAUGUUAAGCCCACAGUAUGUCACUACUUCAUCAAGUUGCUGAAGGACAAGGGGCUACUCAAACGCUGCUACUCACAGGUUCGGUAUUCUUUCAUAUACUUUGUUCUGUGUUAGUCACCUACAGCCUGUAUUGAAUUGUUAUUGGGGUCGUCCAUUUCUGUCUGGGCAGAAUAUUGACACCCUGGAACGUGUAGCAGGACUGGAGGGAGAGGACCUGAUUGAAGCCCAUGGCACCUUCUACACCUCACACUGUGUCAACUAUAUGUGCUGCAAAGAGUACGACUUGGACUGGAUGAAAGGUUAGUGAAUGUGGUACAGUAAUAUCUAACUGGGAUGGUUUAACAAAACACUGUUAUACUACCUAGGCAGACACUCAUUUACAUGUAUAUGCUAAUUAAGUUGUAAUUUAAAAGGAGUGUUGGUGCUAUUAAAACAAUUGUUGAAUUAUGAUCUUGUUUACCUCUGACCUGCAGAGAAAAUCUUCUCUGAUGACAUCCCCAAAUGUGACAAGUGCAGCAAUCUGGUUAAACCAGGUAAGUGCCUGCCUUAUCAUUUCCUUUCACUUGUCUAUCUUACUUAAAUAUGCUCUCCCUUUUUCAGUUCCUCAUACAGUGGGGAAAAAAGUAUUUAGUCAGCCACCAAUUGUGCAAGUUCUCCCACUUAAAAAGAUGAGAGAGGCCUGUAAUUUUCAUCAUAGGUACACGUCAACUAUGACAGACAAAAUUAGGGAAAAAAAUCCAGAAAAUCACAUUGUAGGAUUUUUAAUGAAUUUAUUUGCAAAUUAUGGUGGAAAAUAAGUAUUUGGUCAAUAACAAAAGUUUCUCAAUACUUUUGUUAUAUACCCUUUGUUGGCAAUGACACAGGUCAAGCGUUUUCUGUAAGUCUUCACAAGGUUUUCACACACUGUUGCUGGUAUUUUGGCCCAUUCCUCCAUGCAGAUCUCCUCUAGAGCAGUGAUGUUUUGGGGCUGUCGCUGGGCAACACGGACUUUCAACUCCCUCCAAAGAUUUUCUAUGGGGUUGAGAUCUGGAGACUGGCUAGGCCACUCCAGGACCUUGAAAUGCUUCUUACGAAGCCACUCCUUCGUUGCCCGGGCGGUGUGUUUGGGAUCAUUGUCAUGCUGAAAGACCCAGCCACGUUUCAUCUUCAAUGCUCUUGCUGAUGGAAGGAGGUUUUCACUCAAAAUCUCACGAUACAUGGCCCCAUUCAUUCUUUCCUUUACACGGAUCAGUCGUCCUGGUCCCUUUGCAGAAAAACAGCCCCAAAGCAUGAUGUUUCCACCCCCAUGCUUCACAGUAGGUAUGGUGUUCUUUGGAUGCAACUCAGCAUUCUUUGUCCUCCAAACACGACGAGUUGGGUUUUUACCAAAAAGUUCUAUUUUGGUUUCAUCUGACCAUAUGACAUUCUCCCAAUCCUCUUCUGGAUCAUCCAAAUGCACUCUAGCAAACUUCAGACGGGCCCGUCUGGCACUGCAGGAUUUGAGUCCCUGGCGGCGUAGUGUGUUACUGAUGGUAGGCUUUGUUACUUUGGUCCCAGCUCUCUGCAGGUCAUUCACUAGGUCCCCCCGUGUGGUUCUGGGAUUUUUGCUCACCGUUCUUGUGAUCAUUUUGACCCCACGGGGUGAGAUCUUGCGUGGAGCCCCAGAUCGAGGGAGAUUAUCAGUGGUCUUGUAUGUCUUCCAUUUCCUAAUAAUUGCUCCCACAGUUGAUUUCUUCAAACCAAGCUGCUUACCUAUUGCAGAUUCAGUCUUCCCAGCCUGGUGCAGGUCUACAAUUUUGUUUCUGGUGUCCUUUGACAGCUCUUUGGUCUUGGCCAUAGUGGAGUUUGGAGUGUGACUGUUUGAGGUUGUGGACAUGUGUCUUUUAUACUGAUAACAAGUUCAAACAGGUGCCAUUAAUACAGGUAACGAGUGGAGGACAGAGGAGCCUCUUAAAGAAGAAGUUACAGGUCUGUGAGAGCCAGAAAUCUUGCCUGUUUGUAGGUGACCAAAUACUUAUUUUCCACCAUCAUUUGCAAAUAAAUUCAUUAAAAAUCCUACAAUGUGAUUUUCUGGAUUUUAUUUUCUCAAUUUGUCUGUCAUAGUUGACGUGUACCUAUGAUGAAAAUUACAGGCCUCUCUCGUCUUUUUAAGUGGGAGAAUUUGCACAAUUGGUGGCUGACUAAAUACUUUUUUCCCCCACUGUAGUUCAAAGUUCUUACUGACCUGUUUAUUACACUUUUUUUGUAAAAUACUUGAUUUCUCCUUGUUCUCCAAUUUCAGAUAUUGUUUUCUUUGGUGAGAAUCUACCGAAGAGGUUCUUCACCUCAAUGGCCAUGGUGAGUGUGGUUUGGGUGGUGACCUGAUGGACUACAUUGAGUUUGUAUGUCUCUGUCUUUUCCAUGUAUGUCCAGAUUUGUGUGUGUGUGCACCCAUAAUGAAGUGAUGAUCCAUAAUGAAAGGCUCAGUACUGGUUCCUGUUAACAUUUCUUUUCUCCUCCAGGACUUUCCUCGCUGUGAUCUGCUGAUUAUAAUGGGGACCUCCCUGCAGGUUCAGCCCUUUGCUGCUCUGGUUGGCAGGUGAGUCUUUCUGUCUGACUCUCACAGGAUCAUGAUUAUAUGUUAUCUGAUAGAUUACUAUAUUUGUAUAGGAUUGCGUUUCAACAUGUCGUCUUCAACCAUGUAUUCUAGCAUCAACGAGCUCAUAAAUGGUGUGUGAUGGAAUAUGUGUUUUUGUUUGCAGGGUUUCAAACAGCUGCCCCAGACUGCUCAUUAACCUGGAGAAAGCAGGCGGUGUAAGUCCUCUGUCCUUUCCCUGUCUAUCUGUAUUUGCAUUAGACUUUCCUUCCUCUAUCCACCUCUGUAUUUUAACUUGUAUAUCUUUCUGUCUGUAUCUCCCUGUAGGCAGAUCCUCUAUUAGGGAUGAUAGGCAUUGGUGGAGGGAUGGACUUUGACUCAGCGAAAGCAUACAGGUAAGAGCUUUCACUUGAACUACAAUGAUGAUGAUGGUGAAGAUGGUGUUCGAAGUGUUGCUGAUUAAUAUUCAUUGAUUUGUUUCUUUCAGGGACGUGGCUCAUAUUAGUACAUGUGAUGAUGGAUGCUUGGCACUUGCUGACCUACUGGGCUGGAAGGUAAAUAUACUGUACAUGCUUAGUAAAUACCCAUAUUCUAUGGACACAGUCAUGAUAAGAGUGAAACAGAGAUUGUUGAAUUAGAUUAAAGUUAGUUGAAAUCUUAAAGUAGGCUUUUUUCUCUCACUCCCUCCAUUAUCUCUCUUUCUCCAAGGCGGAGCUGGAAGAGGUGGUAAAACAGGAGCAUGAGAAGAUUAACAGCAAAGCCAAGGAGGAACAGACCAAUCAGAGCUCUGGAGCUGCUGGGAAGGCAGAGUCAGGGAAGGCAGAGUCAGGGAAGGCAGAGUCAGGGAAGUCUGAGUCAGGGAAGACUAAGGUAGAAUAACCGAUGAGAGACCGGCUGGCUCCAACCCAUCACUAGGCUUCAGUCUGGAAGCAGAGUUGCAUACAGUAACCAGGACUGUGCUCUACUGUCUGUUUUGGAUUUUCUCCCUUUAGUUUGCACUUUACUAACUUCUCUCUCCUCUCCAACCUCUGUUUGACAUAAACCCACCUCCUGACUCCUACUGUGUGUAUUGGUCUGUCUUUUGACAGUUCCCACAGAUGGAGUUUAUAGCAAUACACACUAAAACAAGCAUACUUUUCCUUCUGAGGGAGAGAACUACAGACACUGAGCUGUCAGCAUGCCAACUAGCUAUGUUGAGUCAAUUAGUUUAUGAUUUUAGACGGAAAAGACUUGUGGGGUAACAAAGAUGAUGAAUGGCUGAUUCAUCUGCUGAUGCAGUGACACAACUACUGUAAAUAUAAUGAAAAAAAGUAUUAUUAUAAAUUACUUACUAUUUAUAAUCAAUUAUAAUUAUGGAUUUGUUUUUCAUGACAUUGCUUUCUGUGCUCCUUGGUUCUAUGAAUUGUUUCAAUAUAGUUAUUUUUAACAAUGUAUUUUAAUCUAUUAAGCGUACCUGUGACAUUUUGGUUUCUCUACUUCCUGUGGAUGUUGGCAUUGGAUGGUUUCUAUUUCAGCACGAAUGAUGCGUUAGGAAGUUACCACAGUGGUGUGAGAUGUCGCAGUACGUCUGUGGUGUUGACCAAAUGCAACUAGAUGCUUUCUAAAAGAUUGCGUGUGAUAUAACAAGUAAAAACACAAAAUAAAGUGGCAAAGUCUCCCACUGAAUUUGGUAUUUUUCAUGCACAUACAGUACAUUAAGCAUUGAGCUCAAACACAGCUGGUACGACUGAUGUUGAUUGUACAAUUGAUGUUGUCUGUGUUGGGUGCAUGGGUUGUUUAUUUCUAUGUUGAGUGUAUUGUAGCCAUUAGUUAAACAGAAAAUACUAUUGCACACUUACACUUAGAAUCCCACCUUUUAAUUCUCAUGAAGCUUUUAACUGGCAGUG